AAAUGGGAUUGGAAGUGGAAGCGGAAAUGGAAGCGGAAACGACGAACUGGCCAAAGACGACACAAGUGCAAAUGUGCACAGGACAGUUGAACCCGAGAGGGAGAAGAACCCCUUGGCCCCCUUCAACUGCGACGCCAACUCAAAUCUAAAGAAGCUAAAGUUGGACGAUGACAUGUUACUUGUACCCCACGACUACGACUCGCGUCCUUCCGACAAAACCUUCACCGAUCUAGUGGAGACCAUCAAGCACGUCGUGCUGCUCAUCGAGUUGAAACUUCUCUCUGCCUUCCCCUUUGUGUGUGAAAAGAGCCCAGCCCAAAUCGAGUUCAUGAAACGGGUGAACUUCCAAGCGGACCGCGACAAAAACGUCCACAAGUACAAUGCGCAAAAUGUCAGCCGGGAGCAGCGCGCGCUCGUGGACCGGCUAAUGCGAAGGAGUCAUCAGGGGACGCAGCAGAGGGAGGAGCAGCAGCGGGAACGCCCCUUUGACGACUCCAAUCUGAGCUUCCUGUUUUACGAAAACUAUUGCGACGCGCCAGGAACCGUCACGAUGGGUGAUAUAAACGAGUUCAUUAAAUCUAAGCCAGACGUCAAAUUCAACCUCACAGAUGGCACCUAUUUCGCUCACAUAUUUUCUCACCUCUGCCAGGUCCAGCUGCGUGAAGCGGAAGAGCGCAUUCUGAAGGAGAGCUUCCAAGCCCUGCCGCUCUGGGCAAACAGCCUAGUGCGCCUCGACGUGAACAACGUGGCUGACUUGUUCUACGCCCUCACCAUUUUUCAAGUUAUUCAGGGAUGCCACAACGGAAGAAUCACCAAAAACAAAUACGGCUACUCCAAAAAGGAGAGCCACACCGAAAAUGACGCCCUCUACAAAAUCCUGUCUCAAAUUUUAAUAAAAAAAAUUAUUAACAUAAAAUGUGAACGUCUUUACAAGGUCAUUUUGUCCUGCGCAAAUACGGCCUACUCGGACGUGUACUUGAAUCACUUUUUAAAAAAAUUCAAUCGGCAUGUUAAGUUUGGAAAAAUGCGCAAGUACGUUAACUGUUAA